GUUGCGUUGACGGCAAGAUCCACAAGGAAGCGGCGCGAUGAGCGAACUGGUGGCCACCGACUGGGCGCGCCGGGCCGACCUCGCGGCCAUCGAGCUCGCGAUGCUGCGGCUCGUGGACGGACUCGACCGCUUUGGCGCUGACGCCCGCGACAAGCUCGCGUUGUUGAACCAGAAGCUCGGCGUCCUCGAGCGUAGCGUCAAGUGGGACACGACGCCGCAUCUCUUCAGGGCGUGACAUGGGCGUGGCUAGGUACAUGGAGCAGAGCCUGCGCGGAGACCCGCCGAUGGCCUACUAGAGGCCGCAAAUACACACACGAAUCCUAUGCUUUAUAUACAAUACGUUCUUAUGUCGCGGUCGUGCUCUGCAUGAAGCGCUU